AUGAGCUCUCGCCCGCACGACCUCCUCGCGCCGCAACCAGCGGUCCAUGCCGACCCGACCGACGGCUUCCUCGAUACCGCCGACCUGCGCAAGGAGCGCUCCCUCAGCUACGACAAGGCGGCCGACGCGGGCGACAAAUCCGAAUCGAGCUCCUUCUCGGUCUCGCGCGCUCCUCUCGCUCCCCGCAGCGAGGACGCCUACACGCCUGGCGCCGCGAUCCUCGACUUUCUCGGCCUGCGCAAGAGGAAGGCCGACUUUGACCUGGAUGCGGUCGCGACCCAGGAGAGCGUCUUUGACGGUCCGCUCGCCGCGCACUACCAGCCGCCCGAGGACUGGGAGAACAUCGGCGCGUUCGACCCGGACGAGCGGUGGACGCACAGGGAGGAGCGGUCUGUGCGGCGCAAGACCGACCUGCGCAUCAUGUUGUGGGUGCUCGUCAUGUUCUUCGCGCUAGACGUUGAGCGUGGCAACAUGGCCAACGCAACUGCGGACAAUCUCUUGGGCGACCUCGGCCUCUCGCAGGCCGACUACAACCUCGGCAACACUUUGUCGAAGGCGAGCUUCACUGCCUGUCUCGGCUUCCUUACGGCCGAGCUUCCGUCGCAGAUGAUCGGCAAGCGGCUGGGCGUCGACAUAUGGCUGCCGACGCAGGUCGUCAUCUUUAGCAUUCUGGCUUCCUGCCAGUUCUUCAUGCAGGGUCGCGCCUCGUUCCUCGCCCUGCGCUUCCUCAUCGCCGUUUGUCAAGGAGGAUUUAUCCCCGACCAGAUCCUGUAUCUGUCGUACUACUACACUCAACACGAGCUCCCUGUUCGACUCGCCGCGUUCUGGACGAUCAACUACUUUGCGGACAUGUGCACCUCCUUCCUCGCCGUUGGCCUCCUCAAGAUGCGCGGCAUCGGUGGCUAUGCCGGCUGGCGUUGGAUGUUCAUGAUAGAGGGCCUGUUCGGGCUCGUCAUCGGUAUCGCCUCGUUCUUCCUCCUGCCUCCAGGUCCGUCGCAGACCAAGGCGCCGUGGCGCCCCAAGGGCUACUUCACCGACCGCGAGGUCAAGAUCAUCGUCAACAAGGUCGUGCGCGACGACCCGACCAAGACGUCGAUGAACAACCGCCAGGCGCUCACGCCUCGUUUGCUUUGGCGUGCGCUGUGCGACUACGACAUGUGGCCGAUGUACCUCAUCGGGUUGGCCUUUGGCAUCCCUGGUUACCCCAUCAAAAACUACUUCCAGCUGUCGAUGAAGAGUCUCGGUUUCUCGACUGUCAUGGCCAACCUCUUGAGCGUGCCCAACACCGUCAUCAGCAUCGUCAACCUCGUCCUCCUCACGUGCCUCUCCGAGGUCCUCAACCAACGGACUUUCGUCUGCGCCGUCGAGAACCUGUGGUUCUUCCCAGGUUACGUCGCCCUCCUGUGCCUGCCCGACCCGAUCCAGCCUUGGGCCUACUUUGCCCUCGCGACCUACCUCCUCUCUUUCCCCUAUGCGCACGCUGCUCAGGUCUCGUGGACGUCGCGCAACGCCGGCUCGGUCGCGACUCGCACCGUCUCUGCCUCCGUGUACAACAUGGCGGUGCAGGUGAGCGCCAUCAUCGGCGCGAACCUAUACCAGAAGUCGGACGCACCGCGGUACAAGAAGGCCAACUCGGGCAUCCUCGGCGUCGUCUGCUUCAACCUGGCCCUCCUUUAUCCCGGCACUUUCUUCUACUACAAGGCGCGCAAUGCCUGGAAGGCGAAGCGCUGGAACGCCAUGACGACCGAGGAAAAGUCGCACUACCUCGAGACGACCAAGGACGAAGGCUGCCGUCGUCUCGACUUUGUCUUUGCGACCUAG